AUGAUUUUAGGAUUUGCCUUGCUGUUUGUUCUCACGGAUGUAAGAGCAGAGUCUGGGACCACACCAAAUCUUAAACAGAUUGUCAUUGGACGGUGUUUUGAAUAUGUAGCCCUGGCUAAUUUUAACCCCAGGUACAAUUGUGAGAAGAUAUGGCAGGAGUUUGAAAAGGCUGUGGUUAGGAGAUCCCCCUGUGAUGUCAGUGUUAAAGAUUACCAAAAAAUGUUCCAGGUCAUCACUCAGAUUUUGCCAUGUGACAAGUUGCUGUUCUGGAGUAAGACGAGAGACUUCAUGCACAGCUAUGUAGCUGUCACAGAUUCCUUCUGGACGUUAGAAGACACACUGCUGGGAUUCAUGUUCAAUGAUCUGAUCUGGUGUGGACAGCAAGAGAGAGAGAGAGGUUUUGACUAUCAGUCCUGUCCAAAAUGGUCAACGUGUUCGUACCAUCCUGUGUAUUCACUUUGGAAGCAGGCUUCUCAGAAUUUUGCUAUGGCUGCAUGUGGAAAUAUUACUGUCUUACUAAAUGGAUCAAUUCAUCAUGCUUUCAACAAAAAAAGCAUGUUUGGCAGUGUGGAACUGGGAAAUCUAAACCCAAGGAUGGUCACUCAUGUACACAUUAAAGUCAUCUACAACUUAGAGGGACCCUUUUUGGAGUCUUGCACUCAGGGAUCCAUCCUUGGACUAAUAGAGGUUUUAAAAAAACGAGGGUUCCACUGGACCUGCACAGACAAUGACUUGUAUGUUUGA